AUAGCGAUAACAGUCGGAGCGCUGGCUAAGUAUCGCGGGCGGAGCACUUGGGCUGCUGAAGGCGAGGGAUAGUUAAUUUUUAGGCAGCAACAACUGGAAAGGGUGAAACAUGUCUAAACAUUAUCAAAAGAUGCAGUCUGGGCAUCCUCUUUCUCCACUCAUAGAGGUGAAAUCAAAGUUCGACGCAGAGUUCCGACGCUACAGUAUAGAGCGGGGUAAGAUGAAGCGCUUCGACGAGCUGUACCAGCUGCUGCAGCGGCUCCACUUCCUGGAGGACAUCCCGUUCACGGUCAGCUACACCGACCCCAAGGACGGCUACCUGCUGCCCAUCAACAAUGACGACAACUUCGCCAAGUCGCUGGAGUGCGCCCGGCCGCUGCUCAGGAUCAUCCUGCAGCGAAAAGGGGAGAACAUGUGGGACGUCAGCGGGUCUUCCACCAUGAAGAGGGGCAAGUUCUUGCCGCAGCUGAUCGGCUCGCCGAAGGCCAAGCCGCCCAUCUCCUACCCGGAGGACUUCCGUCAGGUGGCCCAGAUCAUCGACGUGGACAUCGUGCCGGAGCGUUGCCGGCGCGUGCGCUUGCUUAAGCACGGCUCCGAGAAGCCGCUGGGCUUCUACAUCCGGGACGGCACCAGUCUGCGCGUGACGCCCACCGGGCUGGAGAAGGUGCCGGGCAUCUUCAUCUCGCGGCUGGUGCCGGGCGGUCUGGCGGAGAGCACGGGGCUGCUGGCCGUCAACGACGAGGUGCUCGAGGUGAACGGCAUCGAGGUGGCCGGCAAGACACUGGACCAGGUGACUGACAUGAUGGUGGCCAACUCGUCGAACCUGAUCGUGACGGUGAAGCCGGCCAACCAGCGCUACCCGCUGGAGGCGGAGCGGGGCAGCAGCGCGCGCACCUCCCAGCUGAGCCGCGCGUCGGCCCACUCGGCCCACACGUCGCGCAGCUCCGACGACGGCGACGACAUCUCGCUGCUGGCCUCCCGCUCCGACGGCGUGCUCCACCUGUGAGGCGCGCCGCCGCCCGCGGCUGGAGCGGGCCGCCGCUCCGGCGCUCCUGGCUGGUGUCGGGGGAGAUGCGGCGCCACCGAGCGGCGGCGGAGAGGCGUGGCGCCGCUGGGUGACGUCACUGGUGCUGCGAUCCCGGGCAGCGACGCCGCCGGUUGUACCACAUUGGUGCAUUCCUCUGCCGCCGCGGCCGCCGCCGUGGUGCAUUUCUCGGGAGUGACGUCACUUGUGCUGGAUUCCUGAGGAGUGACGUCACCAGCGGCGCGACUCGGAGGAGUGACACAGCCGGUUGUGCCACGUUGGCAAUGACGUCACUGGAGAUGUGCGUCUGCGCGAUGACGUCACUGGGGUCGCACCUCUGACGAUUACGUCACUGGUACCGCGCCUGCAAGCAGAACAGGUGUGAGUGCCACCGAGAACGGUCCCGACCGUAUUAGGCGCCGUGGUGCCAGCCUUUUGAUGCCUGGCCAACUUUUGCCGGCCGAUCAUGAGCCUUUUGAACUUGGCGCGAGCAGAAAGUCGUGCCCGCUCCUUCCAUUGCGCAGCUCUGUUGGUUGUUAUGCUGAACGCGCCGAUGUAUUUGGCCGCCCAGUUCCG